CUCUCAGUUAUCUUCACUUUUCAUGGUCAAUGCAAACUUGCGGCAGUUGCGGCUACUCCACGCGAUUUUUGUGGUUAAUUACUCUCGAAUUGAAUUGGAGCGAUUUAUACUUUGAUAAACCGCGUAGCUAUCUCGUUAUUUAAACCAUGGCUACUUCGGUUAGCACAAAUCCGUCUACGCUGUUGCCUUUGGAGUUAGUCGACAAGUGUAUCGGCUCUCGGAUACACAUUAUUAUGAAAAAUGAUAAGGAGAUUGUAGGAACGUUGCAAGGCUUCGACGAUUUCGUGAACAUGUUGCUGGAGGACGUUACGGAAAGUGAGGCGACGCCGGAAGGCCGCAGAGUUACAAAAUUGGAUCAGAUUCUUCUCAACGGCAGCAACAUUACAAUGUUGGUGCCCGGUGGCGAGAUGCCAGAUACGUAAAACCGACUCUUAAGUCAUCAUCCUAAGCGCAUUAGAUUUAGUUCUAACGAGAUUACGAUGAAGCACUGACCAAGCUACUCUAUCGCAAGUAAGAUUCCUUAUAAGCUCAAUUUCGACUAAAUAAAUAUUAACUGUUGAUUACAAAAGA